ACGUGGCGCUCACGUGCGCGACCGUAGUAAGGAGACCAACGUAAAAGACUUGGUAUGUGAUUGAUGUAACAACCACUAUCCAUUCAGUGUCUUCUCGCUGAUAGUUUUGUAAUAUAUUGAAGAUUGGAAUUCGAUUGCGGUAUAGCACAGGUGUACAAGAAAAGGAAUUCAUAGAUGUGCCAGCUCGUUUUUUCGAAAUACUAUUUUGUAGGACAACUUAUUUUGGGAAUUCUCUUCAUGGAAAAUUCAAUAUGUUAAAUUUAAUGAAAGAUUUCCUGAAAAAUACGGUUUUGAAGUUAUCAAGUUUUUUUUUAAAUCACCACGGGCGCAAAAAUGAAUCCCGAGAAGUGUACAACUUCUUUCGCAACGGGUUUGAAUACAUUGGAUACAGAUUUAAUGAUUUGAGUUAA